GCCUCGGGGCCGGACCGGGCCGGGCCGGACCUUCGCCGGGACCGGACCUUCCCCCGCGCCCGCCGCAGGGCAUGGGCGACGCGGCUCCGCGUUGCGCUGCCGCGCCCCGGCCCCAUGAGCCCUCGCCGGAGCAAGUGAGUGCGGGAGGCGUCCGGGCGGGCGCCGGCGGCCCGGCCUCGGGAGGGAGGAUGUGGUGAGAGGAUGGGGCUGUGUCCCGCGGGGGCUCGCCAUGGCCAGGGAGGACUCGGUGAAGUGCCUGCGCUGCCUGCUCUACGCCCUCAACCUGCUCUUCUGGUUGAUGUCCAUCAGCAUAUUAGGGGUUUCUGCUUGGCUGAGAGACUACCUGAAUAAUGUUCUCACUUUAACUGCAGAAACAAGGGUGGAGGAGGCUGUCAUUUUGACUUACUUUCCUGUGGUCCACCCAGUUAUGAUUGCAGUCUGCUGUUUCCUCAUCAUAGUUGGAAUGCUGGGAUACUGUGGAACAGUGAAAAGAAAUCUGUUGCUCCUUGUCUGGUAUUUUGGAAGCUUGCUUGUAAUAUUCUGCGUUGAACUGGCCUGUGGUGUUUGGACCUACGAGCAGGAAAUAACGGUUCCUGUGCAGUGGUCCGAUAUGAUCACACUGAAAGCCAGGAUGACCAAUUAUGGCCUACCUAGGUACCAGUGGCUGACCCAUGCUUGGAAUUUCUUCCAGAGGGAGGCUCUGUUAGUUUCCUUUCAUGGAGCUGUCAUGGUUAAGAUAUGUUUAGCUGGAAAGGAAUGGGAAAGGAAGUUUCCAAAAAGAUGCCAACACUGUCUCUUUGGCCGAGACUGGCUGGAAAUGACAGAAUUGGACUGGCCACCUGACUCCUGUUGUGUCAGGGAGUUCCCAGGAUGCUCUAAGCAGGCACAUCAUGAGGAUCUCAGUGACCUCUAUCAGGAGGGAUGUGGUAAAAAAAUGUACACUUUCUUGAGGGGGACGAAGCAGUUGCAAGUGCUGAGAUUCCUAGGAAUAUCUAUUGGAGUAAUGCAGAUCCUGGCCAUGAUCCUCACUAUUACUUUGCUGUGGGCUCUGUACUAUGACAGAAGGGAUCCCAGAGCAGAUCAGAUCAUGGCACUGAAGAGUGAUACCUCACAGGAGCUGUCAUGUCAUUCCAUGGAGCUACUGAAACCAAGCCUGACCAGGAUCUUUGAACAUACAUCCAUGGCAAACAGCUUUAGUACACACUUUGAAAUGGAAGAGCUGUAAGUGAUGCAAUGAAUCUGCGAAGUCACAGAGGAUUUUUUGUGGUGUUGUUACUUCUGUUCUGUUCCAUCAAAUAUACCAGUCUCAUGUGUUAGAAACCAGCUAAUGAAUGGAAUGAAGGAGUCCAGCAAAGAAAGAUGAGCCUGUUGCCAGCCUCUUAGCCAUGUCCUCAGCUGUGAAAAAGAGUUGAUUUUGUGUGUUCAUUUUUUAAAAGGCACUCAUUCAGUUGGGCACGGUAAUACUCAUUGUCACAAGCUGUGUGAAGUGUAAAACACUGACUUAAUCACAGGUAGACUGAACCUGUAAGGAAGCGUCAUGGGAAGGAAAGAGAAAUAUUCAUCUUCUGAAGAAACAGCUGUGCUUUGAGCAAACAAAAUGUGACUUCAGCUGAAAUUGACUUUUAAUAAGCCAUUUGGAAAAUGUCUUUAUCAGGGAUCUAUGUAUGUAUAAUUGUGUGUUUUCAUGUGUGCAUGGAAAGCAGAGCUACAAUUCAAGUUAAUACUUGGAUUUAAAAAUUUGCAAGAUUUGUAAAAAGGGCGAGAUUUUCUUUUUUUCUAACAAAACUUUUAUCUUAGUUUUUGUUCUUAAAGAUGUUCUAAAACUUCUAUUUUUAUCUAACAUAAUGGUUUUUUAGUUUUAAAUAUAUUAAACAGGGAUUGCAAACAAAACUAUUGCUAUGGACAAUAGACUUUAGUUUUCCAGAGAAUUCUUCCUUCAACAGUUUGUUCUGUGGACUGUUUCUUAGUAAAAAGCAAGAAAACCUUAAACAUUCUUUCCAAAAUGGGAAUCAGUAUGGGAGUAGCACAUUUUUAUAGAUAAAUAUUUUCUCCUGUCCAUGAUUCCCCUGAAGCUAGAAACAAAAGACUGCAGGAAAAAUGCUUACAGUUCUAGAUUCUAUUGCAAUAAUUGUAAAAGUACACGAGGAAAAUUUUACUUUGGUGAGUGCUUCAUUAAGAACUCUCUGGUGGCUUAAAAUGCCAGCCAGAAACAGAUUAAAAUGUAUUUAUUGAGGUGGGGAAAGUGCAUUUUACUGUAUUUUUAUGAGCAAUGUCUAUGUCAUAGGAUUAUUUUUACAAUUGGCCACGCUUUUGAAAUAUAUAUUUGUUCCAUUGAGUAUAGUAGUUUGUGGCAAAUGGGCUUUUUACGUAAUAUUACAUUAAAAAUUAGUUCAUUUGUUUUGGAAUUUGUAAAAGAAAAAAAUCAAGAUGUGAUUUGGUAGACAAUAAAAUUACUUUUCUCUUAAAU